AUGCUCAAACUUGCCCGGGGCGACAUCGACGUCGAUGACCAUUUCCAGUGGUUCCCAUUACCCAAAUCCUACUACGAAAAAGAACCAUUCGCCAAAUGGCACAAUAGCCUGUCCGAUCUGCAGAAAAGUGCAGGCCGAUUGUGCACAUUCUGCCAUUCCGUCUUCAGCCGCCUGAGUAACAGCUACCAUUAUCAUACAAAUUGCAAAGACCUCGACGAAAGACUAUGGCUGCAGGCGCGCUUAGAAUCGGGCCGCUCGGCUGGAUUUAGCGUGUACAUGGGCGAAAAGAUGCCAACUGUACGUCUCAGCGGCAGGUUCUGGUACAUGUCAACACCAGAUAGUGCCGUCGCAGACUGCUUCAGGGAGCACGAGAUCAUUUCUGACUCGCUACAUCCCUACGUGCUUCAGAAAACAUCAGCAUGGGUCAGCCAGUGCGACAACCACCAUGCGAGCUGCCGACAAUCGACGCAAGAAGCGACCUUGCUACCCACACGCCUUCUGGACCUCGGCUCACUGCCUAUAGGCGCAGACUUCGAAGGCAUCCGCGGUGAUCCACGGUUUCUACUCGAGAACACAUCGCUGAAGCUAGUAGAACUCCCCCCAGCCAGCACAGGCCGGUACAUCGCCUUGAGCUAUUGUUGGGGAAAAGGCCUGCCUAUCACGACCACAUCGAAGAACUUGGAAAAGCAUAAAGAGAACGAUGGAAUAAAGUAUAUGAAGCUACCCUCAACCCUCCAAGAUGCCGUCUUCCUCACCAGGUAUCUGGGACUUCGAUACCUCUGGGCAGACUGCCUCUGCAUCAUACAAGACGACAAAGCGGACUGGGAGAAAGAAGCAUCUCGAAUGGCUGAUGUGUACUCCAACGCGUACCUCACAAUCGCGGCUACGCGUGCCAGCCACUGUGGCGAGGGCUUCCUGCAACCGCGCAAAGCCAAAGACCGACACGUCGUUACUUUUACGGACGCAGAAGGGUCAUUCGACCUGUUCGUUUAUUAUGACGAUCUGACUAUGUCCCCUGGCUCGAUGGAGUCUGUCAUCGACCAGUCGAUCAAGAUGCGAAGAGAAGAGCCUCUCUUGAGCCGAGUGUGGGUUCUCCAGGAACGUGUCCUGGCACGCCGCACGAUACACUUCGCGAGCUACCAGAUGCAAUGGGAGUGCUCAGAGCAAGUCGUUACCGAGGAUGGAUACAUCGAAGACUAUAAUGCCUGUGAGCAGAUCUCGUUGGAACGGAUCGCGCAGGGUCUCAAGAGUGUGAAAGAAACACCACUGAUACAACAUACCCAGCAAUCGAAGGAUGUAGAGGCUUUCUGGGCUUUCAACCCCGCAUGGCGCGUGUGGUCGCGGUUGAUCGAGGAGUACACAUCCCGCAAUAUGACCUUCCAAACGGAUAAACUACCCGCACUCUCUGGUGUCAUCUCGGCGCUACAGAAGCUCACUGGCGAUGUCUGCCACGCCGGUAUCUGGAAAAGCUGGUUCCUUCAAGGCUUACUCUGGCGCCUGCAGAUACCCAGCUGGGAUGAGUACGUCUUCUUUCCCAAGACGCCACAGAGACCCGACGUCUGGAGAGCUCCGACAUGGUCCUUUGCGUCUGUUGAAGGCGUUGUAAUCUAUAAUGCGCUUGACAAUGACCCUGGUCGGGAAACUUGCGCAGAACUGAUUGAAUGCGACGUCUGCCCUACGGGGGUCAAUCCGCUCGGAGAGCUCACUAAGGGAUAUGCGAAGAUCAAAGCACCGGUCGCCGCAGUGUUCGAUGUAUCGCCCAAGGUAGAAGAGACUGGGAGAGGAUGUAAAGUCUGCAUGACGAAUGGCAGAGUUGCGCAGGGCCCUGUGUGGUUCGACGUUGAAGUGCACAACUCUUGCCAAGUGCUUAUGAUCACGCCUCACACGGGCAUUGCUAUUGUACCAGUCAAUGUGGCUGAAGGAACGUACAAACGAGUCGGAGUGGUCACGGUGUUCAGGUUUGACGAAUCCACAAGCGAAGCUUCCAGUUGGGACGCCACGGCCUUCAUGAGCCGCGACACGUCGAUUUCGGCGUCACACUAUUCAAGUCCGGAGAUCAUCACCCUACUAUAA